AUGGCGUACCAGCUAUGGGAUACGGCUCAAGCAUUUUGCAGCAGCAUUACCGGAGCUUUGUCUACUCAAGCGAUAUUGAAAGGAGUGGGUGUUGGUAGUGAAGAGGCAUCGGUCGUAUCCGCUACCAUCACUUGGCUAUGUGGAAACGGAGUGGGCAUGUUUGGCGAGAUUCUAUUUGCAUGGUCAUGCGGAACCCAGCUGGACUACGACUGUAAGAAAUGGCGUCUCUUAGCUGACGUCCUCAAUGACAUUGCGAUUAUGAUGAGUUUGGUUGCCGCCCAUUUUCAGUCGUGGUUUCUGGUCCUCCUCUGCGGAACGAACUUGUGCAGGGCGAUCGUCGGUGUGGCUGGCGGUGCGACUCGUGCUGCAGUUAUACAACAUCAAUCUCUGACGAAUAAUCUGGCGGACGUGGCUGCUAAAGAUGGCAGCCAAGAGACUAUCGUUAACUUCAUCGCGCUGCUCUUCAACCUUUUUCUGAUCCCGUUGAUUUCGCUGAACAAUUUCCUCAUUUGGACAAUGUUUGCCUUGUUUACCACACUGCACAUACUCUCUAACUACAGAGCCAUUUGCACGCUGAAGUUCUCAACCCUCAACCGGAAACGUCUGGCCAUUUUGACUCGACAUUUCCUCCUUUACAGGCAGGUACUUGACAUCGAUGACGUAAACGACUUUGAAUGUCGACUAAAGGAACUGUUCACUACAACCGGGCGAAUAAAGUUCAACUACGGCCUCUGCAUGAAUGACCCCAGGCUGACGUUCACAAGUCCGCCCACAACUGCCGAAUAUAUUGUGUCCCCCUUUUACGUAGGUUCAACGCUUUCCGAAGUGAGCCUACUUCUCGGCGUCAAUGCUACUCCCAGGGAUAUGCUAAUGGCGACGUUUCAUGCUCAUUUUCUUGUUCAUCACUAUGAAACAAGGUACAGAACCGACUGUUCGUUUUGUUUUAUAUAAUC